AUGGGCUCCCACUUGGUGUCAAUUCAUUCGGACACCGAGAACCAUUUCCUUUUAAAUCUGGUCUAUUCGAAUACGGCCAAUCAAAGAGCAGCUGUACCUACCGAUCACGGGCCAUGCUGGUACCAAUGGGCGUGGAUUGGCUAUUCUGGCAUUGGGGAUAUUGGGACGGGAGAUUGGACAGAUGGAUCACCGGUUGAUUACCUUCAAACAGCACCACAAGAUAGAGUGUUUUAUUUCCAGAUCUCUAAUGAUACAUCGUGCGGG